AUGACGCUUUACCGAAGCGACUCGCUUACAUCAUAAGUAUGCGUCUGUCUUACCAGUCGCAGCAACGUGAAGAAAACAUGGAGUGGCAGUUUUUGCUUUGACGUGUAACUGCUGCUCGCUUAAGUCCGCGUAUCCCUACAGGCGAAGUUUGAGAGUCAAAGUGUAACGCUGGGAGCUGCAGACCGCGAGGCCGCCUAAAGUCAGGUGAACCUGAGCUAUACUUUGUGGUAGUUUUGGCCAGCAGCAUGGAUAACCCCGAGGAAAGCGCCAUUGAGCUCCACGGAGAUGAGGAGAUCAUUGAAGUCAUCGACCUGAACGAGACGGAGCCUGGCCCAGAUGAUUUGGCUGAUGACUUGGAGGAGGUUGACUUUGAAGACGCUGGAAACGGAGACGAUGACAAUGAAGGCUGGGAGACGGAGGACGAGAUGGAGGCUGAGGCAGAGCAGGACGACAGCGAGCUCACUUUCUCCAAACACACUGGCUCGGUGUUCUGUGUGAGUUUGGACCCAGCCACGAACAGCUUGGCUGUGAGUGGAGGAGAGGAUGAUAAGGCCUAUGUUUGGAGGGUGAGCGAUGGGGAGGUUCUGCUGGAGUGCACAGGUCACAAAGACUCGGUGACGUGUGCCAUGUUCAGCCAUGACUCCUCCUUGGUGGCUUCUGGUGACAUGAGCGGCUUGAUUAAAGUCUGGAAAGUAGAAACCAAAGAAGAGAUCUGGUCCUUCGAAGUGGGAGAUCUGGAGUGGUUGGAGUGGCAUCCCUGUGCUCCGGUGCUGCUGGCGGGAACAAACGAUGGCAGCGCGUGGAUGUGGAAGAUCCCCGCGGGAGACUGUAAAACAUUCCAGAGUCCUGCGUGUCAGGCCACCAGUGGCAAAGUCCUCCCUGAUGGUAAACGUGCUGUGGUGGGUUAUGAGGAUGGAACAGUACGCAUGUGGGACUUGAAGCAGGGAAAUGCUAUCCAUGUCAUCAAAGGUCAGGAUGGACACCAGGGGGCGCUAACCUGCCUGGCUUGCAAUAAGGACGGCUCUCUGAUGCUGUCGGGUUCAGUGGACGGCUGUGCCAAGCUCAUCAACACCAGCACGGGCAAGGUGGUUGGCAUGUUUUCUGUGGAAGGAGACAAAGGAAAAGGAUCAAAAGACGAAGAAGAAUCCAACUCAGUGGAAUCUGUGGGAUUCUGCAACAUCCUGCCGCUGAUAGCUGUUGCUUACCUGGACGGGACUCUGGCCAUAUACGAUCUCUCGACGCAAGCCCUGAGGCACAGAUGCCAGCAUGAGGCUGGCAUCGUUCAGCUGAAGUGGGAGGAGUCUUCUUCUGUGGUGUCCACCUGCAGUUUAGACGGCACACUGCGUUUAUGGGACGCUCGUUCCGGCAACAUGGUGUCUGAGUACAGGGGCCACACUGCAGAGAUUCUGGACUUCACCUUCAACAGGGAAGCGACUCUCGCUGUAACCGCUUCAGGAGACAACAAGGUGAAAGUCUUCUGCCUCCAAAGACCCGAUCGGUAAAAGUCAGACAGAAGACAAAAGGAAGAGAAGAGAGAAUAUUUUAAGAGAUGAGACUUCCUGUUCUCUUCUUCCUUCUCCUCAGGAUGUUCAAAUAUUCUCUUGUUUGUUCUUGGCUGAUUUUUGUAGGACUGUAGCAACCAAAAGCUUUAUCUUUUUUUUUAAUUUUGUUCCCAUCAGCACUUCACGUUUGCUUAAUGGGCAGAUGUUUAAGCCUCUUCAAGGAAACCUUAAGUAACUGAGAGUCUUUAAAACAAACUGUUCACUAUUUUUGGCCCCAGUAUGCUUUUGUUCAAGAAUGUGAAAGUCAAAGAGUGAUUUAUUGCAGUGUCCUGCCCCUGACGUCCUCCAGAUGAAUAAGGAACACAGGAGGACGUGUGCGGGCUCAGCUCCCUGAUACCACACUUUCAUGUAAACUCAACUGUAAAUAUGAAAAAAUAAAUAAUAUACUUUCUUCUGGGUAACCCUUAAAUUGUGUUGUGUUCACUCCAAACUCAGAUCAGAUUUUUCUGAAUUUGUCAGAAGAUGCAUCAUGAAGCUGGAGCCAUUUUGAUGGGAAAGGGUGCAACUUACUGUAAACUCUUUUAGUUCAAGUGGUUGCUUGGUCUGUAUUUGGUUCAGUUUUAUCUGUUUUAUAUCGCUUCAUUAGAUUAAGUAAGAGGAGGAUGUGAGUCAGGCUGAAUACGUCAGGUCCCCGAUGAAGGCAGAUCUUAGCCAAACUACAGUCAACAUAGACAAGACCGAAAACAGGAGUUUGAAAACCCAAAAUACCCAAUUUAUAGUUUAAAAACAGGUCUAAUAACCAGGUUUAAUAUUGACUAGAAG